GUUGUGGGAUCCGAUGUGAUGGAUGAUCUGGCCGAGAAGUUUCGCCAGGCGAAUGCUGAGAUUGAUUUGGAGGGCGAAGAGUUGGACUCCAGAGACAUCGGCAUGGUUACUCGUCGUCAGCAGUUGGCGGCGAAGACCGUCAUUGACGCUGAUGCCAAGAAAAAGGCCAAGCCGACUUCGGCUGAUUCGAGCACAACAAAGACAUCAAGCAAGAAGAAGAAGACGACGACAGCAGCCAAGGGGGCCAACGAGGGCGGCGAGCCCUGCUGUGCUCCGGGUGAGAUGGCUGCUGAGCCCUUGCACUCCGAGCUUUCCGUUGAUGCCGAAGCUGAUGAGACCAAGCCUUCCAAGGCAGCGGCUCCAAAGGUGAAAGGCAAGGCGAAGGCGAAGGCCAAGGCAAAGAACAAGGGUGCGAAAUCCAAGGCUGUGACUCCAGCUGAGGAUAUGGCUCCCCCUGAAGAGUCAGCAGAGACCGAGAAAGCAGCUCCCAAGGCUGUGGCUACCUCUGAUGAUGACGAGGACAUGGCUCCCGCUGAAGAGUCACCAGAGGCUGAGAAAGCAGCUCCCAGGGGUCGCAAGGCCAAGGCCAAAGUGGUGCCCAAGGCUACGGCUCCAGCUGAAGAGUCGACAGAGGCUGAGAAAGGUGCUCCCAAGCGUCGUAAGGCCAAGGCCAAAGCGGUGCCCAAGGCUGUGGUUGCCUCUGCUGAUGAGGAGACGGCUCCCGCUGAAGAGUCGACAGAGGCGGAGAAAGCAGCUCCCAAGGGUCCCGAUGCCAAGCUUGGCAAACGCAAGUCCCCAGUCAAGCCGGAUGAUCUGAGUGCCGAGACAGCUGGCAAGCGCAAGUCCCCAGUCAAGCCGAAUGAUCUGAGUGCCGAGACAGCUGGCAAGCGCAAGUCCCCAGUCAAGCCGAAUGAUGGGACUGCUGUGGCAUCCAGCUCGAAGCGAGCCAGGACAGAGAGGCUUGGGGACUGCAAGAUCCCAAUGACUUUCGCCCGGAGGUACAUGCCGGAGAAGCCUGGGUUCUCACGUGCACGAUGGCAAGGAAUCCGCAAUGCCUUCAACACGAAUAUCCACAGGAAGCUUGACAGUCCGAGCAAGCACGAGGACUUGUUCUGGAAGUUCUGCAUCAACGAUUGGUGCACCCAACGCUUCAAUCCGACGGAGGAGAACAUGGGCGAGCUAGCCUUGGACAGCUCGAUCAGCUAUCUGCAGACUCUGGGAGUUAGCACGAUUCAUUGCAUCACGGAGAUCUGA